CUUCCAUUCAAAUUACCAAAACGUCCCAGCCACAUAACCGGCCAAACGUGGGCUAUCCUCUCCACGCUAAUACUUCGCGACCUAGGCAAACGAGGGACGGUAUAGCUUUUCAAAAAACUGAUCUAAGAAUGAUGAAAGCCAGAACGAUGGCUGCUUCUUCCUCCACGCCAUCUCUCCUCGUUCCUCCGCUCAUUACCCGACAUAAAAGGCCUCUUUAUUCUAUUGUGGAGUUUAAAUGCAGUCCUCGCAUCAUCGGCCAUCGAGGGUUUCAGGCAAGCGCCACUACAGUUGCCACAAAGCUGGAUAAUCGAGGACAGGAAAACGGAGUUCUAGACCAGAUACUGCUUUCAUGCCCUAUUUGUUAUGUGCCAUUGAUACGAAAAGGACCUCCAGGUUUGAACUUGCGUGCAGUGUAUAGAUCUGGAUUCAGGUGCCAAAAAUGCAAUAAAUCUUUUACAAGUAAAGACAGAUAUCUGGAUCUUACAGUUACCUCGGGAACAACAGAAUACAUAGAGUUCAAGCCUGAUCAGACAGAAUUGUUUAGGAGUCCAUUAGUCUCAUUUCUUUAUGAAAGAGGAUGGCGCCAGAACUUCAGUAGAAGCGGCUUUCCUGGUCCCGACGAAGAGUUAAAAAUGGCUCAAGGGUACUUCUCGUCUGUGUUUGGGGGUGUUCUUGUAGAUGUCAGUUGUGGGAGUGGUUUAUUUUCAAGAAAAUUUGCAGCGUUGGGGACAUAUUCGGCUGUUAUUGCAUUGGACUUCUCUGAGAAUAUGCUUCGUCAAUGCUAUGAGUUAAUCAGACAAGAUGCUUCCCUUUUGGCAACAAAUCUUGCUCUUAUGAGGGCGGAUGUCUCAAGACUUCCAUUUGCAUCCGGUUCAAUUGAUGCUGUACAUGCUGGUGCUGCUCUGCACUGUUGGCCCUCUCCCUCCAAUGCGGUGGAUCCCACGACAAAAAGGAUCUCCAAAAUAAUUACAAGUAUACUUAAAAAAUAAGAACUCCAAAAGGUAUACUCUGUAUCCUUUAACUUUGUGGAAGAUCACCCAAAAAAUUCUGUACCUGUACCAAUGGACAAAGACAAAAGGGCAAACAAUAAAGUUGCAGAAACAAAGACAUCAUGUAGGUGCUUCAUUCCAACAAGCUAACCAGUUGAUUCCAUCCCCACAUCCACUCCAUGAAAUUGUACCUUCAAGCAGGAUAGUAAAAGGAGACAACAGACAAGCAGAAGGAAUUUCAAACCAUCCAGAGACAACAUCAAUAUUCAGCAGCCAACAAUAGUGCCCCCAUUCUGUAUUAAGCUGGGGUUUCUCCAUUUCCAAAAAUAUUCAGCAAUACAAUCAGUUGCCCCAUUUCUAGAAUUAAGGUUUAGAUUUGUUGUGUUGAGAUUAACUCCAAAUAGCAUGAAAUACAAUACAAGCAGAAUGUAAAAUGAUAAGUAGAUAGCAUGCAAUUCCAUCUAUCCAAAGAGCAAUUGCUACUAUUAAGAUGAGACAAAAAACCAAACAAAUGAAAAGCAGGCAGCAGCAUUAAAUUCUUUGUAAAGAUGGUAAGAUUUUGAGUAAUUGUAAAGAAGGAAAUCGCCCAAUAUCAGUCACUUAAAACAGGUUGUUGUUGGUUCAAUGGAGAGCCUAAAGUUGUUUCAAUCCAAAAAUACAACCAACCAUAUCUUCUGUUCCAAUAUAAGCCAAAUAAGGCAGGUUUCUGUAAUUAAUUUUGAAGCAAGCAGUUGCUUCAAUCUGGAAAAAACAACCAUCCAAUCCCACUGAACAGUACAGCAUACAAGAAUGGGUGCAACAGUGAUCACAUGUUUCUGUAAAUAUAAAACAAAUAAUGAAAUAGAACAAACAGCAGCAGCAGCAAAGUGUAAGUUAAGAGUCCAAUAGCAGCCUAUUAAAUAAGUACCAUCCAUAGAUCUGAUGUUAUGUAAACAAGACAGCCAUCCAUCCCCACUGGACAGUAAAGCACAGAAAAAUGAAUGGGUGCAGCAGAUAAUAAGUUUUAUAUGAAAUCCAUUCCUAAUCUCAUGUUCUUUGAAGCUAUUCAGGAUGGUUUUGCUGUCCUUGCUUUGUAUCUAGGCCUUGAUACCAUCCCCUUUAAAAUGCUGGUGUUGACUAGUUGUUGGUUCUCUGUGGACCGAAUCUUAUCUUUUCAAACCUAUCUUUCCUAGUUAUAAAACAUAAUCAUGAUAAACCUGCUUAUAUAUAAGUGAACAUAACUUAUAAAAUCUUCAAUAAUGAUUCAAGAUAAAAGUAAAUUACUAUGGGCUGUUGGGAUGCAGGUCUUAGGAAUUCCAAUACAAUUUAAAUGCAUUGCAUGGUAAAUUCAUCGCAUUUGAAAUACAAUAUGAUGUUUGGUUGUUUAUGGAAUAAAUUUAGGAGGUUAAUUUUUUGUUUUGAUUGCUUUGUAUUUUUUUUUUUAAAAGUAGGGCAUUCAAAUAUAUGUGCGUUGGGGGUGGUUGACGUGGUGGUGGUGGUGGUUGGUGUAUUAGAAAUCACCUGAAUUGGGUGAUUUUGAAAUACGCUGAAAACAAAGUAAAGGAUGAAUUCUAAAUAUGUCACUUUCCAUUCUUUUUUUCAUUCAGUCAAACUACAAGAUUUUCAAAAUAUCUGCAUUUAUUU